AUGACAUCUCUUCUACCUUUUCACAAGGAAAUUCUCGAAGAAAUUCACGAUCCUUCCACCAGCGAGCUCCUUAUCCUAGCUCGAGGCCUUGGACUUCGCCGUCUGCUAUGCACGCUUAUGCAAAUUUAUGAGUCUCCACAGACCCUGGUACUGCUCGUCAAUGCUUCUCAAGAGGAGGAAUCUGCCAUUGGUGAAGAGCUGGGAAUAAUGGGGUGUAGGAAACCUGGACUCAGACUAGUCGGAUAUGAACUAGGGAAAAAGGACAGGCAGGAACUUUACAAGAAAGGAGGCUUAAUCUCAGUCACUUCCCGUAUCCUCGUCGUCGACAUGCUACAGUCCGACAUUCCGAUAAACCUCAUUACCGGCAUCAUCAUCUUGCAUGCUGAAAGAGUGACUGCUCUCUCGUUGGAGGCAUUCAUCGUUCGUCUCUAUCGCGAGAAAAACUCGGCCGGCUUUCUUAAAGCCUUUACUGAUCAACCUGAACAUAUAACUAGUGGUAUGUCACCCCUAAAGAACAUAAUGAAGGAGCUACAACUUCGGACUGUACAUAUAUAUCCUCGUUUCCAUGAAACUAUCAAAUCAACUCUGGAGAGUAGGAAAGCGGACGUUAUUGAGUUGUACCAACGUCUCACUGAACCUAUGGAGGACAUACACCACGCUAUCGUUCAGUGUAUGACUACUACGCUGUCAGAACUCAAACGUUCCAACACUACGCUUGACCUCGAUGACCUUAAUAUUGAGAGUGCAUAUUUUCGCUCUUUUGAUAUGGUAGUUAGGCGACAGUUGGAUCCGGUAUGGCACAAAGUGGGACCCAAGACGAAACAGCUAGUGAGUGAUCUUGCCACUCUUCGCCAACUUCUAAACUAUCUCCUCACAUAUGACUCCCUCUCUUUUCACGCCUACCUUGAAGCUCUAGUAGCAUCCAAUACUAUUAAUGCUACGGGAAACGCGCGGCAGCAUCAAUCACCUUGGAUGCUUACAGACGCUGCCAAUGUUAUUUUUCAGACCGCGAAGCGGAGAUGCUACACAGUCACUUCUGCCAAAAGGAAAUCGACAGCAGAAAGUUCAAAUGCAGACGUUCUGGAUGAUGCGGAUGCUUGGGAUGCUUUAUAUGAGGCUGAAGGGCGCCAGCCACCCAAUGCAGGGAAUAAUCAGGGGAAGGAAGCUCGUAAAGCGUGGCUUCCAGACGGCAUUGAUCCAGUUCUCGAAGAGUUGCCCAAAUGGGAUCUACUUGCAGACAUAUUGCAAGAAAUCGAGGAAGAAAUGAUCAGACAAGAGUCACUGUCCACGACUGUCUUGGGUUCGAAUACCGUUCUGAUUAUGGCAUCUUCCACUCGGUCUGCAGCUCUUAUCCGUGAAUAUUUGUCCAGUAUGGAUGUGUCCGCUCCGAAAGGUGCACGAGGCCGUAAGAUGAUGGAACGCAAAUUAAAAUCACAUUUUUGGUGGAAGGGGAGACUUGCAACUCGCAAGCAGGAUGAUGGCAAGGGACGGCCUGAUAUAUCUCGAAACCACUCGGAAAACCGGAACAAAGGAAAUGAUAGUGGAAGUGGGAGUGCCGAAGUAAGUGAGGCUCUCAAGAGGAAAGAUAAAGCUAGGCAAGAUAGAAGCGCAAACCGGAGGCGUGUCAGAGGAGGCGCUCCCCCAGCCAUAGCAAAGCAUGAUAGUGAUUUCGAUACACACUACGGUCUAGUUCCUCCUCAACAAACAAUCAUAGUGCGAGCAUAUUCCGAUGAUGUCGAUGAUCAAGUGCUGUGGGAGGUAAAGCCCAGAUUUAUUGUGAUGUUUGAGCCGAGUCUCGAGUUUAUCAGGCGUAUCGAGGUAUAUAAAAAUUCAAGUCCUGGGCUUGGUGUAAGAGUAUAUUUUAUGAUUUAUCAACUUAGCUGCGAAGAACACAAAUAUCUCGCUGGACUGCGACGAGAGAAGGAAUCUUUCGAACGACUUAUAAAAGAAAGAGGAUCGAUGUUGCUCCCAAUAUUUCAGACUCAAACGUCCGGUAAAGGAGAGAAUACGUUCAUUAAAACUAUCAGUUCCAGAUUUGCUGGCGGUCGAAAGGAGUUAAGCACAACCCCGCCCCAAGUCAUCGUAGAUAUGCGAGAAUUUCGUUCGACUUUGCCAUCCCUUCUACAUGCAUCAAGUUUGCUCAUAAUCCCGGCAACACUGACUGUUGGGGACUACGUCCUGACUCCCGAUAUCUGCGUCGAAAGAAAAAGUAUACCGGAUCUAGUAUCAAGCUUUAACAGUGGCCGUUUAUAUACACAAUGCGAAUUAAUGUCGGUGCAUUACAAACAACCUAUUUUACUCAUCGAAUUUGAGGAGAACAAAUCUUUCUCUCUCGAAACUGUAUCUGAGCUCAAAUCGUACGCGAAACCAUCGUCCAAGUAUCCUAGCAAGAAACCUGCUGGCCCCUCGGAUACAGAUCGCGCUGCCCCCUCUGUCCAAUCUAAGCUAGUUCUACUAACACUACACUUCCCUCGUGUCCGCAUAAUCUGGUCAUCAUCGCCAUAUGCAACUACCGAUAUCUUCAACGAUCUUAAAGCCAAUAACUAUGAGCCUGACUCUGCCCGAGCUGUGGCCAUAGGCGCAGAAGACGACCCAGAGGCAGGAGCCGGGGUGAACGCUGCUGCAGAAGAACUGCUGAGAUGUCUUCCUGGUAUUACAGCGAAGAACGUGAAGUAUGUGAUGAGCAAGGUACAGAGCGUCAGGGAGCUGUGCGAGAUGAGUAAUGAACAGGUUCAGGAGAUUCUGGGGGUGGGGCCUGGAAAGGCAUGUUGGGAGUUUAUGCAUAAGGGCGAGAAGAGCCGCUCUGCUACAUGA